AAAAAAUCCCUCACAUCAUAUACAAUGAAGGUCGUCGCAGCUUAUUUGUUGGCAGUCUUAGGUGGUAACGAACAACCAGCCAAGAAGGAUAUUGAAAAGAUUUUGAGCUCUGUUGGUGCUGAAGUCGAUGGUGAACAAAUUGAUAGACUCUUGAAGGAAUUGUCUGGUAAGAACGUUUUCGACGUUAUUGCCUCCGGAAAGGAAAAGUUGGCUUCCGUCCCAACUGGUGGUGCUGCUGCCUCUUCCGCUCCAGCUGCUGCUGCCUCAACUGCUGCUGCUGUUGAAGAAAAGAAGCCAGAACCUGAAGAAGAAGAAGAAGAAAUGGGUUUCGGUGGUCUCUUCUAAAUCUACUUAAAAUAAAAAUCCUAAAUAUUUAAAACUUCUUAA